GGGGCCGCCGCGGGGCGCAGCGCCUCUGUCCGCUCGUCGCUGCCGCUCAGCAGCCUGCCCGGCGGGCCGCGCCGCUCCAUGGCGACUCACAGCCCCUGCAUCGUGAUUGGCGAUGAUGAACAAGGUUACGACCUGGACUUGUUCUGCAUACCCAAACAUUAUGCAGACGAUCUGGAGAAAGUCUAUAUCCCUCAUGGGCUCAUCAUGGACAGGACAGAGAGACUGGCACGUGAAAUUAUGAAGGGCAUGGGAGGACACCACAUUGUAGCUCUCUGUGUACUCAAGGGUGGCUAUAAAUUUUUUGCUGAUCUGUUAGACUACAUCAAAGCACUGAACAGAAACAGUGACAAGUCAAUCCCCAUGACUGUGGACUUCAUUAGGUUGAAGAGUUACUGUAAUGAUCAGUCAACUGGAGAUAUAAAAGUCAUUGGUGGGGAUGACCUCUCAACCUUGACUGGAAAGAAUGUUUUAAUUGUAGAAGAUAUAAUUGAUACUGGGAAAACAAUGAAAACGUUGCUGUCUCUACUUAAGCAGUACAAUCCAAAGAUGGUGAAAGUGGCCAGUUUGUUGGUCAAAAGAACUCCUCGAAGUGUGGGAUAUCGGCCAGACUUUGUUGGAUUUGAAGUGCCAGACAAAUUUGUUGUUGGAUACGCCCUCGACUACAAUGAAUACUUCAGAGAUUUGAAUCAUAUCUGUGUGAUCAGUGAGACGGGGAAGCAGAAGUACAAAGCAUGAAAGCACAGUUGAAGUGCUAUGGCUACAAAGCUUUGAAAUGUUUUGUUUACCAAGUCCUAUCUCUCACAGGCUUCAACUCUGGUACACCAGCUGAAAUUGUAGAACACCCCAGCCCCAUCGUCAUAUGCUUACUAUAACUUAUUGCAUGUACAAUAUAAGAAUCUCGUCUUGUUCAUUUAUAUUAUAGAAAUGUAAACAACCAGUGCAAUUCUGCACUCCUUAUUUUGAUUUGCACUAUGACUCUACCGACUAUUGCUGCCCCUGGUUGGGUUGUGCUGUUUGUGAGCUCCGGAGUCUAACUCUUGCAGUGGUAAAUUGCUUAAACCUCAUCAACCCAGAACUGAAAUAGUUCGAGUACUGUAAAUGUAAAACAUUUUAUGAUAGGGAAGUCUAUUAGUAAUAUUUUUUAAAAACUGUAAUUUAAGUUUUAUAUUUUAAUUCACAAAUGUGAUUGUGAUGAAAGGAUAGUUGCACCUUUGGGUGUUAUGAAACACAAGAAGCAGCCAGUUACAGUAUCUGUAAUCUCCAGGGAGCCCACUGACACCUCCUGGAGUUGCCUUAUUGCUGUAAAAAGGAAUCUGGGUAAAAAAUAUCUUUUUUUUCUUCUUCUUCUUUUUGAGAUGGAAUGACAAAACAGAAUGCUUGAGGUCUAGUUUUAGUUGAGCUGCCUGUUUCUUUCAGAUAUUUUUUUUUUCUUUAAAAAUAUCCAUCAGACAGUGAAAUUGCCUUUUAAAUUUAAACAGUUUUAAUAUAUUUGUGGGAAAAAAAAAUGUAAUGUUUACUUUAUAAGAACUACAAAGCAAAGUACUUUAAAUAAAGGCUGUCUCUUUAAAAUACGCCCCACACAUCUAUGCCACUCACUGUGUACACUGAAGUGCUCUCCAGAUUCUCUUCUCAGCAACGUAUUUCAUUAGUGCUUCUGGCAGUGAAGGCAGGCUCCACGUUUGUUACCUCUGUAGAGCUUUCUGUCAAUACAGUGCUGUCUAUGGGAGAUGAUGAAGGCCUGAGGGAAAGCUUUAGGAAGACUGGCAUAUGCUAUAACCAAACUGGAUUUCAGAGAGAACGCUCUGAGUGCUGUCCCUUCUCCUGUUCUGGCAACAGUGAAGAGUGACGAAUAUUCCUUCAUUAAACACAUACCUGCGGGGAGAUAAAAACCCAGCCAAUGUGUAAGUGUUUGGUUUUGCUCACAUCUUGUUUGUGUGGUAAUGCUAACCAGGGCAGCGCACGCCUUUCCUUCUGCUGUGCUGCUCCAUCCCUUGCUUAUGCAGUUGGUGUGCUCCUGCACAUGGACUCUCACUUCAUGCUGGGAUUUGGUGCUGGCGGUGCUUGGUACGUAAUGAAGCGUUUGCCAGUCUGUUCUGCAAGGUGUUGGCUGGUUUUUGAGUAGUGUAUUUUACAUGCCAAGCACCUUGCAUCGUCUGCCCUUGGUGUGUUCAGUUGCAACUGGCAGCCUUAAAAUGUGACUUACACAGUGUAAUUAUGUAAUGAUCACAGUGUGCUGGAGAUCUAGUUGCAAAUCAGAAUCCUCAGUAAGAAAACUAAUACUGCUCAUGAUUGUAAUUUACUUUUGUUCAUGUUAUGGUUAAUGUUCCAAAGAGCUUUUCUAAUUGCACUAUAUGGACUGAUUCCAUUUCUGAAUGUGUGUGUGUAUGGAGAACUGUGCUGUGCUCAGGACUUCCUUUCAGCAGGUGCUGCUUGGCUGAGGAGAGGAAGCACAAAAGUAACACAGAAAACUACAAACCCACUUUAGAAUUAUGACAUCCAUUUGAGUUUUCAUUGGAUGUGGAUGGAUUUUAAGUCUCAUUACAGAAAGUACUGUUCUCUCCAACCUCUGAAUAGUUCCUGCAUGACUGUGUUCUAGAAUAGAUUGAUGGCAUCUGGACAUUACACUCAAGAGGGGGCAUAAAAGUAGCUAUUUACACAUGAAACAGUGAGAGUUGCUGUUAUCUUUUAGGACUAAACCCUGACACGAGUUUGCUCUGUAAUGAUUUCCUGUCUUGCUGUAGGAUAUUACUCAAAUGCUGUGAUGUGGGAGAGGCAGGAGAGGGGGUGGGUGUCACAACAAGGGGUUUGUCUUCGGGAAGGUGGUUGGAGCAGGGAAAGGGGGCUGGAGCUGUGCAGCCUGGGGGGGGUGAUACUGCAUAACAGUGACUGUUAUAGCAUUAUGAAAACAGAGAAAAUUUUGCUUUAAACUUGCACUGAUCUGAAGUGCAGGUACUCCAGGCUGAGCUUGGAGGUGUGAUAGAAAGCUUGUAUGAUAACUGUGCUGGUUGUUCCUUUUGGUUGUUUUGUGUUAAAAAGAAAUCCUCGAUUGGAAAACUCAGACAAGCAUCUUUGCAGCCCUGAAUUACUCACUGGUAGCAGCAGGAGCUGCUGUUGUGCAGGGUGAGUGCAUGAGUGCUGCUGAGGGCAGUCGUGGCUCAAGGCACCCCUGCCUGUACCUGUCCCCCUCCCUGUGCAUUCUGCAGGCAGGAAGCGGUCCCACACCACCUCCACGUGUCACUGUGCCUUUGUGGUCUGCAACCCAGCAAGUCUGGGUUCAGCCUCUCCACCUCCACACAUAAAAUGAUGAUGAUGCAAAAUUUUUAAAGCAUUUAAAAAAUAAAAAAAAACAACAAACCUGA